AUAAAAACAGAGAGAGAUAGAGACAGAGAGAGAGAGAGAGAGGGAGGGAGCAAAGAAGCAAUGUUAGCAGCUGAGAAUGGACUCAAAAGUGACCCAAGAUUACAAGGCAUCUCUGAAGCUAUCAGGGUGGUGCCUCACUUUCCUAAACAAGGGAUAAUGUUUCAAGACAUAACAACUUUGUUGCUGGAUCAUAAAGCUUUCAAGGACACAGUGGAUAUCUUUGUCGAUCGCUAUAGAGACAUGAACAUUUCUGUUGUUGCUGGAGUUGAAGCUAGAGGGUUCAUGUUUGGCCCAGCAAUUGCCUUAGCUAUUGGUGCAAAGUUUGUUCCUUUAAGAAAACCCAGAAAAUUGCCAGGUGAAGUGAUUUCCGAAGCAUAUGAGCUGGAAUACGGAACUGAUUGUCUAGAAAUACAUGUUGGUGCUGUUCAGCCUGGCGAACGUGCAAUUGUAAUUGAUGAUUUGGUAGCUACAGGAGGGACCUUGUCAGCAGCAAUAAGCCUCUUGGAACGAGUGGGGGCUGAAGUAAUUGAGUGUGCUUGUGUGAUUGGGGUGCCGGACGCGAAGGGACAGUGCAGGCUCAAUGGCAAGCCACUUUAUAUCCUCGUGGAGCCACGCCAAACUGAUAAUUGUUGUUGAGGAUAGGUCUGUGAGGAUGCUAUGCGCAGGCCGACUUUGCCGAAAAAGAUGACACCUGAACCAUUGGUGAUGAUGUGUUGAUAUGUUUCUCUGCCAAGUUUCAAGCUGCUGGGCAUACCUCCCUCACAGUGCUCAUCCUGUAUCAUUCUUUUUUCAUUGUGGGAUCUUGAAUCAUAUUUAGGCUGUUAUGACAGUUUUGAAAAAAGAAAGCAGAGACUGUUUUAGAUGUUGUUAAUAAUGAUUAAAUGAUUCAUUGUCCUGGCUUUUCUUUACGGCCCCCUUUAUGUCUCAUGGGAAAUUUGAUGUCUGGCCAUCUAUAUGUGAAAAUUUGACAUGCUCUAGA